AUGCCUACUGACAGCAAAUCCUCUACCCAUUCUGAACCUUUAGCUUCUCAUACCAAAAAGCAGAAUGCCAAGUUAGCCCAAGUUAUACAGAACUUCUUUACCAAAUCAGCGCAAAUCAUAUUACAAGCAAGAUCAUAUCUGGAGCCUUCACAUCCAUCAACAAAUCUAUUUUACCAAAACCAACAAGAUGACGACACGUCUAAUCAGAAGCUAAACAAAUGGUUCAAUAUCCUCAUGUAUAGCGCCCCUGACUUUUUACGCGAAGAACUACGAUUAUGGACUUCUGAUUUACUGCAGCUGCAACUGCUACUGCUGCUGCCGCUGCUGCUUCCACCUAUGAUUAUUGAAACUUUCCUUGAUUUACGUCAAUUGCCUUCCAAUCAAACGGUAGUGAUACUCGAUGAGAAUAACAACCCUUGGACAGUUGCCAGAUCUGGUGGGAAAAAGUACGAAGUUGUAUUAGAAAGAUGGUUGAUCGAGUUUGAUCAAAAGACUAACCCUGGCUCUAUAGUUGAUGAAUUACCCUUGAUUUACAAACAGGCCAUCAUUUUGUUUAGAAGCAUCUAUGGAUUUUCUCGAUUGAUGCCUGCUUAUAAGUUAAAGAAGAAGUUGCAACUGUCGGGGAACAAAUUGACUUUAGGCAAUAGAAUUUUAGAUGGUACUCAACCAAUUAGUUCAAAGGGAAGAAUUGGAUUAUCCAAAUCAAUCAUACCUCAACAAAUGUUAACCACAGAGUCUCAUAUGACUCAGAAGAUGUUUCAGCCUAUUAAUACCAGUUUAGGAAGUUUGAAGAUUUCAAUUGCUUACAGAAAUCAUUACGAAUUUUGCUUACAUGAGAACGAAGAAAUGCUUUCGACUCAUUUCAUAUCAAUUGACAACCAACGUCAACAGCGCCAAGAACAGCAAGUGCUGUUUCACGAAGAGCACUAUGAUAUUGACGAUCAUCAUAACCAUCACCAUGUGAGUCAUCUUGAAGGUACUGAAGAAGAACAAGAAGAAGAUAUAGAACAAGAAAAACCCAAGACAAACUCAACUUCACUAUCACCAUGCUCGUCCUCAAUCAAGGAAUCAUCAUCUCCACAGAGAGUUCCCACCCGACCAACUAUUCAACCUUUUAGAGUUGGUUCCAUUAGCACAUCACCACCAACAACCAAUGCACCAUCUUCGUCAUUAGAACGAAGAAUAUCUAUAACCAGUAACAAAUCAACAUCCAAUGCAUCAUUGGCUGCAUUCUUGAGGAAUCCAAGAAGCAGCACUAGCACCCCAGCAACAGCAAAUAUCCCCAUUGUCAAUCCCAACAAUAGUAGUGGUGGUAACAUAUAUGGAAUCUACAAUUCGUCAUUUCCUAAAUCUAUUGGAUCUUCUGUUGGCCAUGAAGAUUCGAUCUUUGCCAAUCCAGACAGCGCCAACAAUACUCCUCGGUUUUCCUCAUCAUUUGGAUCAAGAGCAAGUAGGCGUUUUAGUAAUACUAGCACCAAGCAACAAACACCAGAUGUGCUGAACACUUCCAAUCUUGAUCCAACAUUUAGUGGUGGUGGUAUUGAUGGUGAUGAUGAUAUCAGUGAUUUUGUGAGAAUGAUUGACAGUAAAUCCGAUUUAAGAUUUUCAACAUCAUCAUUCACCGUGAAUGAAAUCAAUGAUAUCACCUCUAAUGAUUCAUUAAACAAAUUCCAAUUGUUGAAAAGUCACCAUCAACAAUUGGGCGAUAGCGUAAGUGCUAGUAUUAUCUUGCGCCAUCCAUCGCCGCAUGGUCAAGUUGGGUACACAAUUGGCGGUGGGUCAAGACAUUCCAGUCGGAAAAGUUCAUUGAAUUCACCUCCUGCUUCAAUUAGCUCAUAUGAACAACAACAACGUCUUUCUUCUUUCCACGCGAGAAUUAAAGAGGCUUCACCUAAAGUAAGAUCUGAAAGUCCUAACAAGACUACUCCUACACCAAGUGUUGCAUCAGAUCACAAGACAAAAACGACGACAGUUAGCCCUGCUGUAGCUAGUAGUCCUACACUACAUGGUGGUGCUCGUCCAACAGUUAAGAGUCCACCAACUACGGUGAUUAGUGGAUUGGCAACCAGUCCUUCGAUCUACUACGGAAGAACAUCCAUUCGAUAUGAAGAUGUGUUUGAUGACGAAGAAGACCACGAUGUGAGCCGCCACCACCACCAUCCUCAACAACAACAACUGCUGCUGCUGCUGCUGCUUACUCCACAGCCCAAGGCUAAAGAAGUGUCCCAGAAGAAAUUGACCCAUGACGAGGAUGAUGAUGAUUUGUUGUUUACUAUGAGUGAUAUGAACUCUAAAUAG